UUUUGUACCUUGUGGCAGAAACAAGCUUCUGUCGUGCGGCUUUAUAAUUGAUGCUUUAGAACAAAAUUGCAAAUAUGAUCGAACGCAACCAGAAGCGGACGGGAAGCGCUGGUCUACAAAAUCUACAUUUCUGUUUUAUCCAAAACUGGCGUCAAAUAUAUUCCAGUGACAAUCAUUUCCAGAAAUGGCAUGAAGUCAUUUCCAAAGUGCUGUUUCUUUCAACUAAAUGUUUUUUUUUCCGUUUUGAAAAUGAAUCAUGUUUCAUGUUGGAAAUUUAUCGACUGUAUCAUAUUCUAUUUGAGACCGUAUACAACAGAUAUUACACAUUAUUGGAACAAAAAGAAAUUCUGAGAGCAAACACAGUCAGAUAAUUGUGUGAUUGAGUGGAAAUAUUCAUAUAGUCAGGUUUGUGUGGAUGGAAGAGAAACAACAACAUACAUUCGUUCAUAUUGUAGUGUCACUACUGAUCAUUACACUGUGUUUUCCAGUUAUUCAUUGAAAGUCUAGAAAGUGUUGUGAUUCGUGGUUGUGUUUGGAGUCGUCUGAAUGAAGUGAAAGCAGGAGCAGGCAGUGCAUUUGUUUGUUGAGGUCACUGUAAUGAGCGCAUACGCAUCAGUUUUUUUUAUUCCAGUUUCUGUCCAGCAAACCAAGCGUGUGUGUGUGUGUGUGUGUGUGCGUGCGUGUGUGUGUGUGGAGGUUUUAGUGAUUGAGAGUGUGAGGGAUUUCCCCAUCAUGAGUAUAAAGCCUCCAUCACACUGGUCCUCCAGCAAACACACUCUAUCAGAGUCUGAGCGACGACACUCAUCAUGAAGAUCGGCAUUGUAUUGUGCAUAUUUGUGUCCCUUGCGAUGGGCUCUCCGGUCCCUCCAAACACACAGUUGUGUAAUUGCAGCACCGAUGCCAGGAUGCUGCUCUCCAACCUCUCACUCAUCAUGGAGAAGCAGGGGAAGAUGCAGGACAGGGAUCUGUUCGCUGGCUUUAACUGCACUGAUCUGGAGGCUCAGAUGAUUCCUCACACUCACACGGCGUCUGUCUGUCAGCCCAGCACCUCUGAUGAAGAGUCCUGCUCCAGCCACAGAGGCGCUCAGUCUUUCAGCGAGACGGAGUGUCUGAAGAACAUCAGAGCUGAUCUGUGCUAUUACGACGUGAUGCUGAACUCCUACAAGCCCAGUGAGACUCUUCUGAAUCCAGUGAAGACGGCCACCAAAAACCUGUUGAAUUGCUUGAAUGAGAACUGUGAGGCUGAAGAUGUUUCCUCAGAGUUUCCUCAGUGGCAAAUCUGGAGUGGAUCGUCCUUCGACGACCGUCUGUCGCUGUGCAAAGCGCUGAAGGGCUUCCACAUCCGGGCCAUCACCGUGAACCGGGCGCUCGGCUACGUCGCCUCCGGAGACCACAGGAAAUGAUGUCACUCACUACAGUUCACCUCCACAUGACCGAACGCCAUCAAAGCCACCGAACGAACACAUCAAAGCACGGCUGACGACAGCAGAAACCAGCGGCUGUCGGCCACACAUAAGCUAGACCUAUGUUUGUGUCGAUCACUCAAUCUAUUUAUUUGUUCUGAGAAAUUAUUUAUUUAUGUGGAUGUAAUGCACUAUUUAUUGACUAUUUAUUAAAAUAUUUGUGUAACAGAAAUGUAUUUUGUGUUUGUGUGGAUGAAACUCAACAACAUAUAAAACACGAGUCUUCCAGGGAUGAGAACCGAAUCGUUCUUUUCAGACCGAAGACUUCAUUUGACAUGAAAGUUUGGGAACACAUUAUUUUAAGGGUAAAG